CUCUCCCCCUCCCUUAUCAUUUGUAUAAAACAAGGCUUCCAGCAGAGAUCAGUUCCUGACAAAACCCUCCUGAUUCUGUCCCUCUCACUGACUGCUGCCAUGUCGUUUGUUGCUCCUCCUGGCUAUCAGCCCAUCUAUGGCCCAAGAAUUCCCUACCUGGGGCCCAUUUGUGGAGGCCUGAGGGAAGGGGUGUCCAUCUACAUCCAGGGGUCCAUUCCUGAGGAUAUUACCAGGUUCUUUGUCAACCUGCUCUGCGGAGAGUCCGAGUCCAGCGACAUUGCCUUCCACUUCAACCCUCGAUUUGACGGCUGGGACAAGGUGGUCUUCAAUUCUUGUGAGAAUGGAUCCUGGGGGUCUGAGGAGAAGAUUCGUGAUAUGCCCUUCUGUAAAGGCCAGGCCUUUGAAAUGGUCAUCAUGGCCACUUCACAAGGCUACCAGGUCAAAGUCAAUGGGAGGGACUUUCACUCCUUCCAACACCGUGUCCCUGUGGAGAGAGUCUGUGCAAUGCAGAUCGCAGGAGAUGUUUCCAUCCAGACGAUUAAUGUCAUAGGGGGUGCUCGAGGGGGCAUAAAUAGGUAUCCUGGAGCAAUGGGAGGUGGAAUGGGAGGAGGAAUGGGAGGAGGAUAUCCAGGAUGUGGCAUGGGGGGAGGAUACCCAGGUGGCAUGGGAGGAGGCAUUGGUGGAGGAAUGGGAGGAGGAUACCCAGGUGGCAUGGGAGGAGGCAUGGGUGGAGGAAUGGGAGGAGGAUAUCCAGGAGGUGGCAUAGGGGGUGAAUAUCCAGGAGGCAUGGGAGGUGGGAUGGGGGGAGGAUUCCCUGGAUCAAACCUGCCGGGCAUGGGUGGGCAGCCAGUCUACAACCCUCCUGUGCCUUACUCCAACAUGAUCCCAGGAGGGAUGUUCCCUAAGAGGACCAUCGUCAUUAGAGGCAUGGUGCCCUAUGGAGCAGACAGAAUGAGCAUCAACUUCAAGGUGAGCAGAUCUCGGGACAUCGCCUUCCACAUAAACCCCAGGGUGAGGGAGGGGAUUGUGGUGAGAAACAGCAUGAUUGGAGGUAACUGGGGCCAGGAGGACAGAGAGCUCAGCUUAAACCCCUUCAUGGAGGGACAAUACUUUGAUAUGUCAAUUCGCUGCGGGAACCAGAGGUUUAAGGUGUUUGUCAACGGGCAGCACUUGUUGGACUUCUUCCACCGCCUGCACUCCUUCAGUGAGAUUGACAUGCUGGAGAUAGAAGGCGAUGUGCAGAUCUCUUACAUCCACUUCUGAGACCACACACACCUAUAGGAAUUAUACAUUCUGUACAUUAUUCCAUUUUUUCAUGUGUUUUUCAGUUGUUGGGUGAUCUUUCAGAGGAUAUAUCAGCCACUGUGUUGUUCUCCUGAUCUCAGGUUCUUAAACUUCCUGCUGUGUGAUCAUAAAUCUUAAUAAGAUCAUCAUCUGCUGUAUUGUUGGUUAACUGCAUCAAUAAACAUGCCACUAACACAUGA